UGACUGUAUGCUUUGUCAUUGGUGGCAAAUUUAACAAAUUUUGUUUUAUUUAGUUAUCUUUUAACACUACGUGAACAUUCAUCAUCAUCAUCAUGGUAACGACAAAUGCAAUUUUGAGUAUGAAAGCCUUGGCAACAGAUCCAAAGAAGAGAGCAGCAUUGUCAAAGGACAAAACCUGCAUUGGAGGACUUGUGGUUGUGCUGUCCAACAAAGACACCAAAAUUGUCAUCCUUGCUUUAGAGACACUGCUCUUGCUAGCAGAAAGCCCUGAAAAUUGUCCUGGUCUCCGAGAUUUCAUUGGCAUGAUGGAUCAGCUGGAGUGCCUUCUCAGACAUGAUGACAAGCCUGACGUGAAGGAUUUGGCUGAGAAACUCUACCUGUUGUUGACCACCACUGAACUGCUGCAGCAAACACCACUGAAAGACAGCAGCAACACCCAAGGCCAGUCAUCUAGAAGAAAUAGCAGUUUUCAGAAAAACCGGAGUUUGUUGGCUAACGGAAAGUACAAGAACAUGAUUCUGCAGAUACGGGGAAUGAUAAAUGUGCAUGACCGAGAUUUGUGCAUGAGACUUCUGCUUCACAUAAAGGGUGUGGUCAGUAUAACCUUUGACCUCAACAAAAAAAGAUGCAUUCUCAAAACAAAGUCUGACGUUAAACCAGAGGCUCUAGUUCAUGCCAUAUCGAAGUCACAGACCAUGAUUGCCCAGCAGGUUGUUAAAGAGGAGAAUGGUGAAGAGAUGCUGCUGUCAUUUGGUGCACACGGCGACGAUGCUGACAAGGAAAACUCUGAGCUGCCGGACUACCUGUCUGACGAUGCCGACAGCCCAGUUGUCGAUACGAAAGCCAUGGCUCGGACGGGCGAUGUCGAGAAGAAGAAAGGUGGCUGGAUUAGGUCUGCAGCCAGUUUUCUAACCAACUCAUUUUACUGGUGAUGGAGCCAUUGUCAACUGAAGUGUUUCAGCACUCGGCUAUAACGACUGUUUGCACAUAGUGCUUGGCUUAUUGUGAAAGAACGCAACCAAGUUCAUAAAAAUACAUUAACUUUGGUCAUUUAAAGAUUAUAAGGACUGACUAAACUGUGGGGUUUGUUAAAGAACACCAAUACAUUAACAAAAAUACUUAACUUUAGUAAUUUAAAGAUUACAAAGUACUGUUUGACCUGUAGGGUUUGUUAAAGAACACCAAGUUCACAAUAAUACAUAACUUUUAGUAAUUUAAAGCUUACUAAGUAAAGACUGUUGACCAUACUGUGGGAUUAUGAAAGUUCAGUAAUUAGUUAGCAAUGUUGUUCGAUACUGGCUAUCUAAAUGUAUAUUGUUUUCUUAGAUGACAAAAUACAACAAAAAAUAUGACAGUUGUCAAAUUUGCAUUUUGAUGACUUAUUAUGAAUUGUUAAAACAUUUAAAGGCUGGGAUAUGUUUGGCUAGUUUAUCAGUCAUAUCAUAUGUGAUUAGAAAGUUAUUGCAACAUGCAAUGAAAAUCUGUUUUUCUAAUUAUUUUCUGGACGGAUUAUAUUGGAUAUUUGUGUGAAAUACUCUUAGUGCUUGUAGAUUUAUUUUUCCUACGAGUGAAUACCCAAACUGUGUACACUGUUUUGUGUUUACUGCAGUAUUCUUACAUAUUACAGCUCCCUGUCAUUUUUUCUUUAGUUGAUUUAACAUUUAGUAUCAUUGUUUUUCAAUUUUAAAUAACACACCUCUUUCCACAUAAUUGUGAUCCUAUUAGUUUAGUUCACUUGUUUUAUUUGACCAUUUUUGAUAAUUAUCCCCCUUUGUACAGCGUUAUUUACUUACUUUUCAUUAUGUUUCAUUAGUUCAUGGCACUUUUUUAAUGAACUAAUGUCAAGCUAUGAUAUGUAUAUAUUUAUGUACUUGCAGUGCUAAUGAACUUAUGCUAAGUCACAGACUUCAGUUUACUAAUGUGUUUUGAUUCUUGGAGAUGAUUAUUCCCUUUAGUACUUUUUAUGACUUUCACCGUUAGCCUCGCAUAAUAAUUUUAAACUUGUCACACAUCAUGUUCCAUUUAAGAUUACUAUUUGUUGUAAUUUUUCAACCAUUUCUGACAGCAAUUUUUUUCUAACAUGGACAGCAUUAUAGAAUUCUCUUUUGAAUUUUUCAAUGUAUUGAGGUGUUUAAAAGUAAAAUCUCGCCUCCACCAUAUUACAUAAUAAUACCAAGCAGUGGAAUAUGCCCUGCUUCUGAGUUUCAAAAUAGAAAAUAUAAUCCAUUUUUAUGUGACCUUAUUUAGUAGAUUACUAUAGCCAAAGGAUAUCGAAGGAUGACGUGCAUCAGUAAGAAAAUUAAUGUGGAUGAUCUAUUCUAAAUGAUAACAUAAUAAAAAUAUACUUGAGGUUACAGCUUUAAAAUGUGACAGAUUAAUUGCUUUUAGUUUUUCUAUUUCUUGAGACAUUGUUUAUUAAGAUUUUCUGUUGCUAAUGUGCUAUUUCAUCUUGUAUGUUUCUAAGUAUUUUGUUGGCUUUGUAUCAUGUUAAUGUGUUAUCUAUGAAGAUGGAGUGAUUUCGUCUGACACACAGUUAAAUAACCACGCAUGCAUUCACACUACACUACUCAUCCAUCUCCUUUUGUACCCCUGUGUGUUGGGUUCAUCUGUGUAAUCUGUUUCUUUGUAAAACACAUUCUAAGACUGCACCUACACACUACACUGUUAGACUGAUAAUCUGUUUUUAUUUUAAUUUGUUUUAAAGCUCCAAUCUCCAGUAAUCUAAUAACAUCAUUUAACAUAUUUAACUGAUGCAGCAUGCAAACACAGUUACAACAUUAAAGGCAGUCGCACAGCACCUGACUUAUUAGAUGAUGCAAUAAAAUAUUGGCUGGAAUUAUGUACAUUUAAUUUGAAUUAAAAAAAGUAAUUUAUUCAACAUCAUAUCAUGUUUGUCACGCACGUAGGAAGGUGCCAGAAAGUGUGUGUGGGGGAACACACACACAUACAUUUAUAAAUACACGUAUCCAUGUAUAAAUAUAUAUGCUGCUACAAAGUGGUGGGGGUGGGGGGGGGGGGGGGGGCACAUGUCUCCCUUGCCCCUGCUUCCUACGCCAGUGUUGUAGAUAACUUUGUAUAUAAUUCACGACCUGCUCUGGGUGGACAGAAAAUUUAGCCAAACUGACUAUUAAAUUACAAAAAUUGCACAAACCCACGGUUAUUUUCAAUCAAUAUAUAAAUCAUUAUGGUACAUAAUAAUAAGUUGUUCUGAAUGAGUUAGAUACAAAAUAAAAAGCCAAUGUAGCGAGUUAUUUUCAGUCUGCCUGUAUGUUAUAAAACACAAGGCCUGUGAUUCCUUGGUACAACUUAAGUCUCAUCACAUUGUUUUUUUAAAAUACAAAUUAACUAAAUAGGUCUCUGCUCCCACCUUCUGUAAGUGUAAUUGGUGAAAAGUGAAAACCACAUUAUUUUGUAUAUGACUUGGAUUACAUGAUUGUAAAUGGUUCGAUGUUAAAAAUACAUAAGAGAUUGGGGCUUUAAGGAAAGUAUUCAGACUAUGUCCAGUCUUUUGUGAUAAUGUAUGCUUUUCAACAAAUAAACAUGUUUUUGUUUUUAAA